UUGUUUCUUAAAUCUGGCAUUUCAUAUGAAGAUGACGUCAGUCCUGUCUUCGUCUGUUUACUUUGAGUUUUCGUUUUAUGAAAUCCCUGUUAUUAAUGGGGGGAAUUAGAUUAUUGUUACUUUUUAUUGGGUUAGAGCGUGAUAAAUAGUUAUAAUUUUUUAAAAUUUUGCACGGCUUUAACGCCGGAGUUUUUAAUUAUUCGUCUCAUCCUAUCUCUUUGUAACAAGUGUGAUUCAUCUAAGAUCCAAGUCUGUAUUGGCCUUCCUGUUUAAAUCAUGGAAACUAAUAAUUGGGAGGAGUUAAGACGUCAAGCAAGGCAGCUUGAAAAUGAGAUUGAUUUGAAGUUAGUCUCCUUCAGCAAAUUAGGGACAAGUUAUGGUACUCAAGAGUAUAGAAAUGAAAACAGUGAUACUGUUCCAUUACUCAGUAGUGACCACAUGUUUGAGACCAUGGCUAUAGAAAUAGAACAGUUACUCUCAAAGUUAACUGAUGUGAAUGAUCAAAUGAUUAGCUAUUGCCAAACUCAAGCUGUUCCCGGUGCUACAGUAACUCACACACUGCAACGCCACAGAGACAUAUUACAGGAUUGCACUCAUGAAUUUCAGAAGACCAAAGCUAAUAUCCAAGCAAGGAAAGAAAGAGAACAGUUAUUGAGCUCUGUCCGAAAAGAUAUUGAUGCUUACAAGAAUUCAUCUGGUCUUAAUAGAAGAACAGAUUUGUACCUAAAAGAACAUGAACACAUUAGAAACUCAGAAAAAAUGGUUGAUGAUCAAAUAAGUAUUGCUGUGAAGACUAAAGAAGAGCUUAUUAACCAAAGGCUUGCUAUGAAAGCCAUACAAACAAAAAUGACAACUUUAGUCAAUCGUUUUCCUAUGAUCAACAGUUUAAUUCAAAGGAUCAAUCUAAGGAAAAGAAGAGAUUCCAUAAUUUUAGCGAUAGUUAUUAGUAUUUGUCUUAUUCUUUUCAUAUUAUAUUCUUUCCACUGAACUUUUUUGUGAACAAGUGAAUCUAUUGAAUGAGUUUAUGAAAUCUAAAUGUGCCUAUUAUGAUGUUGAAAUGUAUAAAUUGUAUCCUCAUGUAUAAAACUGAACAAGAAUAAAACUGAUUUCUAUUUUGCAA